UCAGAUAGCUGUCAGUCUGGCAAGUGGCUGGUGGCUGUGUGUGAGUGCGUACGUGCGUGUUUUUAUGUGUUCCUUAUUUUGCUCGCCAAAUUGGAUUACGGAUUCAGAAAAAAAGGAAAAAGAAUUCGAUAAUUGGAUUUUCCGGACGUGAAAGAUUCUUUUACCAUGACCAGUGUACGCUAGCAGUCGGUGUGAAAAAUUCAUCGUUUGUCGUGCAAAAGCAGCAACACGGAGCAGCAGUUCGAUCUGUGGUCCGUGCCGUCCGCGCACUGUGUUUUGCUGGGGUCCGUGUGCAAGCGAUUAAACACAGCAGUGUGUAGAAUGUUUUGAGCGCAACGAAAACCCGUUCUGCAAAAGGGGUAAUGACGUGGUACUUGCGCUACCUCAACGGGCACCGACAUCAGCGACCAAGGCGAAUGAAAGCACUUCCCUAUGCAUGCACUAACAUCAGACCCGUCAGCAGAAGAUUGCAGCAGCAGCAACUUGCAAGAAUCGUCGCCAAGACGUCCAGCAUUACCACCACCACCACUACCAUCAUCGGCAGUAGUUCUACCAACACCACCAACCACGGUACCGGCACCGGCCACGUUAUCGACAGCAGCAGCAGCAGCAGCAGCUGGGGCAAACAAUCCCGUUCCAGCGACCAACCAAUUGCGACGUCAGCAGUUUCCUCCGGGCCGUACAAAAGCACAACGUCACCGUGGUGCAGUAGCGAGUACGGUUUCCGCCCCUCCGGCCCAUCAUGGCGAUGACACGGCGGACGGUGGGUGUGCGGUGGUAACGGAGCGGCCGCUACCACCAGUAGCAGCAGCAGCAGCGGAAAAUGGUAACGUGGCAACGGUUGUGCACGAACAGCCACCAGCAAGUGAUAACGGACAGUCGUUGAGUAGUGGUGCCGUGGACGAAAAGACCCGUCGGUACAAUCGCAUCAGCAUGAUAAUCAUUUACGGGCGCGAGGUGCUCUGCAUACUGGCCCUCAUACUAACCACGUACGCCACGAUCCAGAACAGUCCGCCGAAAAUAUCGAAAGCACCACCGCCGGUGCCAUUCUUCGCGAAGGGUUCGCUGGUGAACGAUUGGCCCACCGGUGCGCUCGGGACGACGCAAACGCGCGUUUCCGUGUCGGAACUUUCGCUCGUGCUGUACUAUGCGCCGUGGUGUGCGGAGAGUCAGUUUGCGCGCCACGCUUACGAGCGGGUCGCCCAGCUGUACUAUCGGGAGGCACACUUUGCGGCGAUCAAUUGCUGGCAGCCGGGUGGUGAGUGUCGGGCACGGUACACGAAGGUGCAAUCAUGGCCAGUGCUGAUGGCGUACCAACCGAGCGGGCUAGCUGUACAGUAUCAUCAAGCGUGGACAACGGCCGCACUGUCGCGGUUUAUGCAAUCGCUGAUGCUGCCACUGCAUCGGUUCGGUAGUCCGGGAGAUCUUAUGGAUCACAUGACCGGGAAGGAUGCUGUGCUAGUAGCAUUUUUAGACGUGGCAAUCGACAGCAAACUGUACCAGCGUUACUAUCAAGCCUCGCUGAAAUGGCUCGAAAAGGAUCCGUUCCAGGAGGUGUCGUUUGGCGUUGUGACGGGCCAGUCUUCCAAACUGUUUGGCGUCGAUACGGUUCCCUCGAUCCGGCUGUACCUGUGGAACGAAACCAUUGAAUACGAUGGUAACGAUCCCUGGAAACCGCAGGACCUAAUCGCGUGGGUCCACAAGCAGCUGCACGUCGUAUCGAUGUGGAUCGCACCACCCGGCAAUCUGAAAUCGACCACACUCGCUCCGUACCUGCGGCAAGGUCCGGUGCUACUACUAUUCUCCCCGAGGCCACUAUACGAAGACAGUUCCGAUGCGUACAUGAUGCUCCGACAGCUCAGCAUGCAAUACUACAACUGUCCCGGUGACGCUUGGAUACUGGAAAUGGCUCGCGAGUACAUCUCCGAGCAGCGAACGGCGAACGCCGCCAGGUACGUCGAAAAACGUGAUCACUGUGCCCGUGUCCUCGGGCGUCAUCCGUCCCAGGAGGACGAAGAUGCACCGGGAAGCCAUCGGUAUGGACGGAAAGACAGGUGCAAAGAUGGUUUCAAAUCGACCGUUUCGGUAUCGUUCGUGAAUGUGCUCAACUCUUCAAAGUUUGUCGAUGGAAAGCCGGUUGGUGGGAAGCCUUCGGCAGGCGAUUACUGUGACAUUGCACCGGCGGUUGGCUGUGGUAAGCACGAGUGUGGCACAUUCGGUCCGGAUGGGUCCCGCAAGCCUAGCCUUAGCUGGCAAACGGAUAGCGGAUGUUCGUCCAGGCGACACAACGAGAUGGAUACGGCGCACGGCCAGGCACAGUCGGUCGUUACGUCCAUGGUUGAUUCCGAUCAUGACUAUCGUGGGCCAAAGUUACUGGCGAAACAGAAUCUUCGCCGACAGUGUGAGCUGUUGCAGUUGGCCGAAGCGGACAAGAGUACUGUGUUCUUUAGUGAGCCGGCGCGGCAGAAGGAUUCGGUCGAUUAUUACUCCGCGAUAGGAGGAUUGUCCUGUAAGCACAACAAAACGCUUACCUUUAUCAGUAUGGACAGUGCGCUUUACCAUGCGUUCGGCGAGCGGCUCGGUGUGGACGUGCUGAACGAACCGAACCGUACCGUAGCGUUUAUCGUCGAUCAUACCGAUGAGUCGGCUUAUGUGCUGCGCGACCCGAUCAAUCUGUACACGCUUUCGAAGUUUGUGCACGAUUACUAUAACCGAUCGUUGGAAAGGUUUCUACGCUCCAAGAGUACGUCCUUCGAACACACGCACGCAUUCAACGUGACACAGUUUGUGGAGCAGCAGCAGGCGUACCUCGACCGGCACCGAACGGUGCUGAACGCGACCGAGGCAAAAGCCAGAGCAGAAGAAGAAUCUAAAAAGCGAGAGAAAAGGGAGCUAGCGAGCAAUGCGGAAACGGAACACCCACGGAAACCAUCGAGUGGGAAGGAAGAUUCCGACCGAGUUCGUGCACCGCGUGUGUAUCAUCGGGUGCGUGAGAUUUACUCGAGCAACUUCCAACGGACCGUGCUCGACUCGAACCGUACCGUGGUGGUUAGCUUCUACUCAGCCCAGUGUGCCUUCUGCUACAUACAAGCGCACCAUCUGCUGACCGUAUCGCGCCUGUUGCGCCAUCAGCCGAACCUGUGGUUCGUGCGCAUCGAUGGCGAACUGAACGAUCUGCCCUGGCAGUACACGAUGGAUGUGUUUCCUUCGCUUAUCAUUUUCCCCAAUGGAAGGAAAGAGGAGAGUCGCAUCUUUCCCGAAACGCUUAAAGUCAACGUACCAAACAUAAUUGGAUUCGUGCUUUCCAAUCUUACGCCGGCAGAACGUUUACAUGCCACCUUUUUGCUCUGUUCCGAUGUGAACAAUGCAUCGCGCAACGAUUGCCUGCACAUGCUCAAGCGCGAACUGACCGAAGCCAUCCGGUUAAGCUUGCACGACUGGCGCCACCAUUCGACGGACGCCGGCUGCAAACGCGAUCGUAUCGUCCGUCGGCUGCAGCUGCUUAAGCAAUCCUAUCUCGACACGCUGCGCUGUCUUAGUCAUUCCUGUGAUCUUACACAACUGGUAAACGUACGGAAGCGUAUCCUUACCCACUGGACGGGAGAACACUGUCGCACCGUCAGCAGCAGCAGCGGCAGCAACAAUGCGGAAGGAGCGUUGUGAUCGUUACCCUUCGCCACGCCAAGGCAAAUAGACAAACGCCAGCCGAAAUAAGGAGGUCUAACGGAGGGCGGGAAUUUAACGGCGGCUUUUGUUUUCGUUGUUAAUAUUAUUUUUUCUUAUGUAGUAUUAUUUUUUUACAUCAUGCUCCAUCCAGUCGCGCCAAAACGCUCGCAGGAGAACGGUUUAUUUGUUGUUGUUGGGGAAAGUGAGAUAUGUUAUUAGAUCUUUAGCUAAAUUUGUGGUCUUUUGGUUUUACAAAAUUGCUCUAUUCUUUUGCUAAAGUACAUCUGUAUCUUCCAGCAAAAGGGUCAAUCUUCAGAAAAAUCCGAAUAGUUCAAAUUUCCCUUACAGAUAGCCCCACAGUUAGUAAACGAUCUAAACAUUUUUCACCUACCCGAAAAAACAACGGCCUGAAAGUGAUUUGUUCCAUUAGAUGAAACCUCAAUUAAAAACGAAACACUAAUCCACUAAUACCGGAGGAGUACUCAGUAAGUAGCGCGUAAGGAUCGCUGUUUGGUUUCCCGCUCGCAGUAUGUAGGAAUGAUAUUAGCAAUGGGGUAGAUAAAAAGGAAACGAAUUGGGGAACGCAUGCACGCGUUCCACUGUAAAUAGUGCACCAAUCAACAGGCGAUCACACACACACACACACACAUUACAGUUUACAGUUGAGUUGGCUCGUAUAGGCUCUAAAUGCAACUUGUACGUGCAAUUGGCGCGAAACAACGGUCGAUACAAGGUAUCCGCGGACGACGAUAGUCUAAUAAAGAGUAAUAAGGUCUUAUGA